AUGGGCAUCCUGCGAUCAACCUCAGCCGUGGUACGUCACGCGUCCCACCAAAGCUCUCACCCAGCUCGCACACACACAACACACACACAGCAUUACUAACGAGCAACAAAAGCUGGCACUCCUCCUUUCCAUCUUCCUCUACUACCGCUCCAGCGUCCUGCUGACCUUCUACACCAACGCCCCGGAAAGACUCCCCCGAGUGAACAAUCUCGGGCAAUACGAUCUCCGCUUCCAGCAUCUCAUUCGCAACUGUGAGGAUCUCGCCCUGAAUGAGCAGGAGGGCUGGGUGCUGUUGAGUUGCGACCCGGGUAGGGAUGAGUGGAAUACCGUGAUGGUAAGUACGUAUGCGUGUGUAUGCAUGUUUUGAUUUGUCUUUCUCGACCAGACUUAGUAGCAGUGGUGUGCUGAUAUCUCUUUUCUUUCUUUCUGCGGCGAAACAGGGCACAUUCCUCAACCCAACCAAAGCCCUAGGAACGGGCCUCUUCCUCUACCGCUACGCGGAAAACGCCCCGGAAACCAACACCCCGGAAAUGCUCCGCCUGCUGCCCUUCGAAGACGGCCAUGCAGAUUUCCACCCUCUGGGUUUAGACCACCACGCUGCGAGCCAGACGCUCUUCGUCGCCAACCAUGCCGCUUCCGGCUCGAAGAUUGAAAUCUACCACUUCGACCCCGUUCAGGUCUCGGCGACUCUGCUGACUACGCUGGAAGGAGAGGAUUCCCAGAUUUUGACGCCGAAUUCCAUCGCCGCCAUCAGUGGGACGGAAUUCCUGUUUACGAACGAUCAUUACUUCCGCGUCAGAGAUCAUCCCCUGCUGGCCAAGGUGGAGACCUACGCCGGGAUUCCCGGAGGCGGCGUGGUGCAUGUGAGACUCUCACCGGACGGUGAUGGAAGAGAAGUGACUCCGUUGGCGAGGAUCGCCUUCGCGAACGGCGUCGUGCUCCUGAACGAGAGCACGGUGGCAGUAGCGAGUUCGGGUUCCGCGGCGAUAUUUCUAUACCACAUGACGACGACGACGAACGAGACCACUGCAGCACCACCGAAACUGACGCCGACGGGGCGAAUCGCCCUCCCGUUCAUCCCGGAUAAUCUGUCCGUGGAUGGGAAGGGGAAAUUACUUGUAGCGGGCCAUCCGCACGCUCCCAGUCUGGAAGCAGUCGCGAAGAAGAAUCGAAUGUGUCACGAUCAGGACGGUGAUGGUUGUCAGCUGAACCGGUUGAGUUGGAUUGCGGAAUGGAGUGAGGCGGACGGGCUGGAGACGUUGUAUGUCGGGGAUGAGUUUGGCACUUCUAGCACUGCGGUGAGGGAUGUUGGGAGGGGCAUUGGGAUUGCGAGUGGAUUGUACGAGCGGGGAUUGCUGGUGUGGAAGAGCUAA